GAAGGUCUGUGGGACUCCGGAGCUAAUUGUUAUUUAGAGUACCCCACUGCCUUAUAACCAAAAGUAGGACUUACAUUGUACUUUUUUAUGUUUCAUAUUUAACAAAAAUAUUUAAAUAUAACUAUGUUUCAAGAGAGCCUUUAUGAAGUACUGCUAUAGAGGUGUAACUUCAGUCAAGGCUUUGUGUGCAGUGUCAGCCUGCUGUCAGCUACUGCUCAAAAGAGAAAGGCCUGCUAAGCCAUGCAGAACCACUGGAACCCCCAAAUCCUCUUUUGUGUUGCUCUAAUUUGAGGUUGGCUGUAAGCUGCUUGAACUUUUUUUCAUGCCACAAAGUGCAUUGCCCUUAGAAUUAGCUCUGGUUUUUUUUCUUUACCUAGAAAAUGUCAGGUCUUAGAGCUGAAGUAUGGCUGCCGUUGUCCUCCUUGACUCAGUUGGAAAUGGCCUUGCAUGCACUAGCCGAGGCAGGAUGAGGGACGUGGUUCUGCUGAGGAUAGAAGUUCGUAUGGAUGCGCUGCAGGCCUCGUGCUGUCUCCAAGGCACCAUGAAUGCCAUCGUCGCGCUGUGUCACUUCUGCGAGCUCCAUGGCCCCCGCACCCUCUUCUGCACCGAGGUUCUGCACGCCCCUCUUCCGAAAGGGGCUGAGAAUGAGGACAGCCCUGGCCCAGGCGAACAGGCCGAGGAGGAGGAAGGCGGCAUUCAGAUGAGCAGUCGGACCCGCACCCACAGCCCAGCAGAAGGAGCCAGUGCGGAGUCCAGCAGCCCAGGGCCCAAAAAGUCGGACAUGUGCGAGGGCUGCCGGUCACUUGCUGCAGGGCACCCCGGUUAUAUCAGCCACGAUAAAGAGACCUCGAUUAAGUAUGUCAGCCACCAGCACCCCAACCACCCCCAGCUUUUCAGCAUUGUCCGCCAGGCCUGCGUGCGGAGCCUGAGCUGUGAGGUCUGCCCUGGCCGUGAAGGCCCCAUCUUCUUUGGGGACGAGCAGCAUGGGUUCGUGUUCAGCCACACGUUCUUCAUCAAAGACAGCCUGGCGAGGGGCUUCCAGCGCUGGUACAGCGUCAUUACCAUUAUGAUGGACCGGAUUUACCUCAUCAACUCCUGGCCCUUCCUGCUGGGGAAGAUCCGCGGGAUCAUUGAUGAGCUCCAGGGCAAGGCACUCAAGGUGUUUGAAGCAGAGCAGUUUGGAUGCCCCCAGCGUGCCCAGAGAAUGAACACGGCUUUUACACCAUUUCUGCACCAAAGGAAUGGUAACGCUGCUCGUUCACUGACAUCCUUGACAAGCGAUGACAACCUGUGGGCAUGCCUCCACACUUCCUUCGCUUGGCUCCUGAAAGCGUGUGGCAGCCGGCUGACGGAGAAGCUCCUGGAGGGCGCCCCCACCGAGGACACCUUGGUUCAGAUGGAAAAGCUUGCAGAGUUGGAAGAGGAAUCAGAGAGCUGGGACAACUCUGAGGCUGAAGAGGAAGAGAAGGCCCCUGUCUUGCCGGAGGGUGCAGAAGGGCGGGAGCUGACCAAAUGCCCGACGGAUUCUUCUUUGCUUUCAGACUGUGGAAACUGGCAGCCCCGAAAGCUGUCUGUCUUUAAGUCCCUUCGGCACAUGAGGCAGGUCCUCGGUGCCCCAUCUUUUCGCAUGUUGGCCUGGCAUGUUCUCAUGGGGAACCAGGUGAUCUGGAAAAGCAGAGAUGCGGAUCUCGUCCAGUCAGCUUUUGAAGUGCUUCGGAGCAUGCUGCCGGUGGGCUGUGUCCGCGUCAUCCCGUACAGCAGCCAGUAUGAGGAGGCUUAUCGCUGCAACUUCCUGGGCCUCAGCCCGCACGUGCAGAUCCCCGCCCACGUGCUGUCGUCAGAAUUUGCUGUCGUGGUGGAGGUCCACGCGGCUACUCGCUCCUGCCUCCACCCAGUCGGCUGUGGCGAUGACCAGUCUCUCAGCAAGUACGAGUUUGUGGUGACCAGUGGGAGUCCUGUAGCUGCAGAGCGAGUGGGCCCGACCAUCCUGAACAAGAUGGAAGCUGCUCUGACCAACCAGAAUCUGUCUGUGGAUGUGGUUGACCAGUGUCUCGUCUGCCUCAAGGAAGAGUGGAUGAACAAGGUGAAGGUCCUUUUCAAAUUCACCAAAGUGGACAGUCGACCCAAAGAGGACACACAGAAGCUCCUGAGCAUCCUCGGAGCGUCUGAGGAGGACAACGUCAAACUGCUCAAGUUCUGGAUGACGGGCCUGAGCAAAACCUACAAGUCGCACCUCAUGUCCACAGUCCGCAGUCCCACUGCCUCAGAGCCUCGCAGCUGAUGCCACUGUGGGAGUCUGUCUCUGUGUCUGUCUGGGGAGUGCUGGCGGCCCUCCUUGCCAUGGAGCUCAGGAGCGGGUCUCUGGUAGCAGUCACAGGCCGUCCUCCCAUUUCUGAACUGCUGGCACAGAGCUGUUUUCUAGCAAGGAAUGGAAACUGUUGGGGCUGAACUUUGCCUGUGUGUGGGAUUUGGGCCUGACGUACUUCUUGGUACCAUCCCACAAGCUGUUUCAGUUGGUCCAGCCUGAAGAGGACAGUGGCAGGCUUGUCACAACGGAUGGGUCCCCUGCAUUUGUGCACCUCUGUGAGAGAAGACUAAAGAAAACAUGCGUCUGAUGCCUGUCGUGGAGUUAGAUCUCAACAUUUAUGGAGUAAACGUGCCAGGCCAGUUCUGACUUGGGUAUUUUAGCCACAAUAUCAUGCUCUCUCUGAAGGUUAACAUUGGAAACUUUCUAUUCUGAAGUUCAGCAAGUUUUCCAGGGUUUAUAUGAGUGUGUGUAUGUUUUGCUCGAGUUGUGAAUUUUCAGGACAGAUGCUGGUCCUUAGUCGUUGUUAGUAAUCUGGUUUUGAGUUAGGGCUCUGGAAAAGGCUUUCGGGGAUGGAGUAGAUGUGUUCCUCAUCUUUGGAUCUUCUGGAAUUCAUCUUCUGAAGUCAUGUGACUACCAGGUCUUCUGGCCAUGCUCUCCUGAGGUUGCUUUGAAAGUACCCUGUAGCUUGAGAACAAGCUUCUGAUCUUUGUUACACAAAGAUGAUAUUUUGCUGAAAUGUUCAGUGGAGCUGUUUGACUUGACUAACUCACUGUGCAUGGAGUUCAGAAACCCACCAUAAUUUUAUUCCACAUCACUUGCCAUUUAUUACUUUAUUAAACAUUUACACUUGGCUAUGGUUAGUUUUCAGAGUAUGGUGAUUUAAGAUUAAGAGUUUCAUCGUUCCAGUAUGCAUUUUUGAUAAAAGUUCAUUAGAGAGAUUUUCCAGCAGUUUUUAUGAUUUUUUUUUUGCUUGUUUUAAUUUAUGUUUAACCUGAAGACUUAAGUUUUUAUGACUAGAUAUCUGUAUCAUGCAGUAAAGAUGUAUUUU